AUGGCUCGUGGUUUUCUUUUAUUUGAGGCACUAGAGAUUGAGAACCGUGAAAACCAACGGCGUCACAGCCGCGUUACAGCACGACUGAGACGUAGACUUCGAAAUCAAGCCGAAGCUUUGGCGCUUUCUGAUACUGACUUCAAAGCCAACUACAGACUUACUAAGGAGCUGUUUAAACAUUUAUGCUCAGAGUUAAAACCAUUCAUGGUUCGGUUGAAAAGGAGAACAAAAAUCUCUGUAGAAUGCAAAGUGCUUACAGCUCUCUCAUUCUAUGCCACUGGCUCUUAUCAGAAGCCUGUUGGCAUGAGCUACUUGCAUGGGCUCAGUCAAGCUAGUGUAUCUAAUGCUGUGAAAGAAAUAUGUGAUAGUGAUUUAAAUAUUUUAAAUAUUGAUGCAUCAUUUGGUGGUGCUUCACAUGAUGCAUACAUAUGGAAAAAUGGUGAAAUUCAGAGCCAUCUCCAAGAGCUUCACAGUAGAGGUGAAAAUGUCUGGUUUCUAGGUGCA